CUCAACACCAAGAGGCCACCAAUGAAAACGUGCCUUUUUCACAUUCCCCGCCCCUUCCGUGUGCACGCUCCCCACGAGGGGCUGGUUCCUGAAAGGAUGGACGGAGGAUCCCCAACCACCUGCGAAGCCCAAGCCGCCGCGUAGGAGCGUGCGUUCCGGCCCUCUUCUCCCACCUGUUCGACUCCCCGUCCCCAGGAUGUCAACCUCAGUCCCUCAAGGCCAUACCUGGACCCAACGGGUGAAGAAGGACGAUGAGGAGGAGGACCCACUGGACCAGCUUAUCUCCCGCUCUGGCUGUGCUGCCUCCCACUUUGCAGUGCAGGAGUGCAUGGCCCAGCACCAGGACUGGCGGCAAUGCCAGCCACAGGUGCAGGCGUUCAAGGAUUGCAUGAGUGAACAGCAGGCAAGGCGGCAAGAGGAGCUGCAGAGAAGGCAAGAACAAGCCAGUGCCCACCAGUGAGACCCCAAACCACCUAUCCCCAGUAGAUGGCCCUGCCAAGACCAGCACCCAGCAAGAUUAUAGAGGAAGAAAUCCUAAAUGCUGGCUGUGGGAGGUCUAAAACAUGGGGAUAGUUUUUGGAUCUGCAGUUGAGAGCCAUGGGUUUGGACAUGACUGGCACAAACAGCUGUCAUAUGUUCAUGGUCAGAUUUCGUACAUCCUCAGCUGUUUUGUUCCACCAGUAUUUGCCAGGAAAACAAAGAAUGUGUUAAGGGAUGCUCCCCCACCCCACAUCUUGGGUCAGUGUGCCAAGUAGCAAGAUGAUUUUAGGGACAUUUUAUUUUAAAUUAAAUUCAUAAUCUAAUGGUAAAUUGAUUACCUGAUUAGUGCCUUUCUGCUUCAUCACUUGUUUUAGAUGUUUCAAUCAGUUUAGUGGAAGGAAAAAAGUAAAUGGGGAAACUUUUUAUUCAAA